AUGUCCUACACCGUCCGCAACAUUGGCCAGGCCAACACCCUGGAGAACCGCGUCUACAUCGAGAAGGAUGGCCAGCCCGUCUCCCCUUUCCACGACAUCCCCCUCUAUGCCAACGAGCAGCAGACCAUCCUCAACAUGGUCGUUGAGAUCCCCCGCUGGACCAACGCCAAGCAGGAGAUCUCCAAGGAGGAGUUCCUCAACCCCAUCAAGCAGGAUGUGAAGAAGGGCAAGCUCCGUUUCGUCCGCAACUGCUUCCCCCACAAGGGCUACCUCUGGAACUACGGUGCCUUCCCCCAGACCUGGGAAGACCCCAACACUGUCCACCCCGAGACCAAGGCCAAGGGUGACAACGACCCGCUCGACGUUUGCGAGAUCGGUGAGCUCGUCGGCUACCCCGGUCAGGUCAAGCAGGUUAAGGUCCUCGGUGUGAUGGCUCUGCUCGACGAGGAGGAGACCGACUGGAAGGUCAUUGUCAUCGACAUCAACGACCCCCUGGCUUCCAAGCUCAACGACGUUGAGGACGUUGAGCGCCACCUCCCUGGUCUCCUCCGCGCGACCAACGAGUGGUUCCGUAUCUACAAGAUCCCCGACGGAAAGCCCGAGAACCAGUUCGCCUUCUCCGGCGAGUGCAAGAACAAGAAGUACGCUCUGGACGUCAUCCGCGAGUGCGCCGAUGCCUGGGAGAAGCUCAUCUCUGGCAAGUCUCCCAAGGGCGAUAUCAGCAUUGCCACCCACGCCGCUGAGGGUGUUGAGCGCGCUGAUCCCGCUAAGGUCGCCGCCAUCCCCAAGGGCGAGAACCUCCCCCCUGCUCCCAUUGACGGCAGCGUUGACAAGUGGUUCUUCAUCUCCGGUGCUGCUGUGUAA